AUGGCGACAGACAAGAAGGGUGUUAUGCUGCGCAGUGAGGUCACAGGGGGAGGGAGCGGGACACGUAGGCGCGGGUCGAGGGCGUCAUCGGCAGCGGCCGCUCCGCUGGGCUCUGCUUGUUGGCUCGAGAGAAGAGGAAGGGGGGUCGGAGGCGCGCGUGCUCACUCCUCUCAGGGUCAGUCCUCCCGGAACAGUGGGCGCGAGGACCGCGGCGAAGGCACGCUCCGAGGGGGCGGGGGCGAGCGGGCGCCUCCGGCUGUGAAACGCGCGUGCGCGCGCCUCCUCGAGCCACGAGAAAGGAGCCCUCUUUUUGCCGGGGACCAAGCCGGGACAAGGCAGGACGCGAGGGAGGGAGGAGUGGGAGACGGACGCGGCCAAUUGGGAGGUGGGACUGAGGGGGUCUGCCACCAAUCGGCUGAGGCGGAGGACAGAACCCUGCCAGCCGGGGGGAGUGCUUGCGGGAGCCUCCCCGCCAAUCCGAGGAGCGGCAGCCACGGCCGGAGCCGGAGCAGCGCGCCAAUCGCGGGCCAGCCAGCACCAGAGAGCGCGGAGUCGGGGAUGUCCUACAAGCCCAUCGCGCCUGCCCCCACCAGCUCCGGAGCCGCCGGCACCAGCAGCAGCAGCAGCAGCGCCAGCCCCGCCCCCGGAGCCCCACCGGUCGCCACGAGUGUCCCAUCUCCAUCUGGAGCCAUCUCUGGAGCUUCUGCCCCCUUCCGACCUCUCUUCAACGAUUUUGGGCCCCCUUCGAUGGGCUACGUGCAGGCUAUGAAGCCACCAGGUGCCCAAGGCUCCCAGAGCACAUACACAGACUUGCUUUCGGUCAUUGAGGAGAUGGGCAAGGAGAUUCGACCUACCUACGCAGGCAGCAAGAGUGCUAUGGAGAGGCUGAAGCGAGGAAUUAUUCAUGCCCGGGCGCUGGUUAGAGAGUGUCUGGCAGAGACAGAGCGCAAUGCCCGAACGUAACAGUCGCUUCUUCCUGGCGCUGCCCCUGGAGGACCCUGGCACUUUCUGGCCAAUCAACAUUUUGGAAUCUGGAGAUUUCCCCCCACCCUCGCCCCUUCAAAUCUUUCCACCAAUCAGUGUCUCAAGUCCUAGAACUGUGAUCACCUUCAAAGACCUUUAUACCAAUUGGCGCCUAAUAAUCUGAAGCUUCCUUCUACUGCAUCACAGAACUUCCCACCAAUUGGCACUCUGGGAGUAGAUGCAGAAAAGAGCUUGUUGCUUACACCUUCUGGUCAACUGAUGAGAAUAAUGGCUGGUAGCAAGUCUAUGUCUUUAUAAAUGCAAGGUUUUUUUAAAAAAAUAAAUAAAUAAAAGGAAAAAGUUGGAAUUUGGAUUACCGAUUCUUCGCUGUGGUUUUCUAUUUUCUCCCCAUGUGGUGGUGAAGGAAGUAGUCUCUUCCUCACUAAGACAUUACCGAGGGCCCAUAAUGGAAUAUGUGCUUUUUUAGUAAAGCGGCACAAGGCCUUCCCUACCACUUGUAAAAGAAGCCUCAGCCAGCAGUCACUGAGCCUGUAUUGGGAAACUUGUAAUAAAAUAUUUCUACUCCUA